CUCACGUGAUGAUAACGAGUCCCGAUAACGUGAUUGUCAUUGAUAAGAUUAUUCAACCCCGCUGAAAAAUAGUCGUAGCAAAAUUUCGUCUGGGGGCCGUCGACGCACAUCAGUAUUUUCAGCCAUCUUCCGGCCUUUUCGCACACCGCAGCCUCUCAAUUUCCUCGAGACCGUUCCAAUUGCAGUCUGACACCAUGUCCGCAAGCAACGAUGUGUACCAGACGCCUCUCAACUCGCGAUAUGCGAGCGAUGAGAUGAAGUAUCUAUUCUCCCCAAGGAACCGGUUCUCCACGUGGAGACAGUUGUGGUUGUGGCUUGCAGAAUCCGAGAAACAGCUUGGAUUGCCCAUUACCGACGAGGCCAUUGAGCAGAUGAAAAAGAACACCACGAUUCAGGACGAAGAAUUCAAGGUUGCCGCUGAGGAGGAGAAGCGCCGGAGACACGAUGUUAUGGCUCACGUCCACGCGUACGGUCAGGUCGCUCCUGCGGCUGCCGGAAUCAUCCACUGGGGUGCUACAUCUUGCUACUGCACGGACAAUGCGGACUUGAUCUUCUUGCGUGAUGGCCUUGACAUUCUCAUUCCCAAGUUGGCUAUUGUCAUCGACAAGUUGUCUGCUUUUGCCCAGCAGUACAAGGAUCUACCUUGCCUGGGAUUUACCCACGGACAGCCAGCACAACUUGUCACGGUCGGAAAGCGAGCUUGCUUGUGGCUCCAAGAUUUGCUCAUGGAUCUGAGAAACCUUGAGAGAGCGCGUGAUGAUUUGCGUUUCCGUGGUGUCAAGGGCACAACCGGCACCCAGGCCUCUUUCCUUCAGAUCUUCAACGGAGAUCACGACAAGGUCGAGAAGCUGGAUGAACUUGUUACCGAGAAAGCAGGAUUCGAUUCUGCAUUCAUCAUUUCUAGUCAAACAUACUCUCGAAAGAUUGAUGUUGAUGUAGCCAAUGCCCUGGGCUCGUUCGGAUCCACCUGCGAGCGUAUCGGCAUUGACAUCCGCCACUUGGCGAUGCUCAAGGAAGUCGAGGAGCCUUUCGAGAAGGACCAAAUUGGCAGCAGUGCAAUGGCUUACAAGCGCAACCCUAUGCGGUCCGAGCGUCUGUGCUCACUAGGCAGGCACCUCCAGAAUCUCCCCAAGGACGCCCUGGACACCUACUCCGCACAGUGGUUUGAGCGUUCAUUGGACGACAGCGCCAUCCGUCGGAUCAGUGUCCCCGAACUCUAUCUCUGCGCUGACGCGUGUCUAAUCCUUCUUAACAAUGUCACUUCUGGGUUCGUUGUUUACCCUGAAGUCAUCAAGCGUCGUGUAAACGAUGAACUUCCAUUCAUGGCAACUGAGAACGUUAUCAUGGCUUGCGUGAAAAAGGGUCUUUCCCGCCAAGAUGCUCACGAGGAAAUCCGCGUCCUUUCGCACCAAGCCUCCGACAACGUCAAGAAGCACGGCAAGAACAACGACCUUCUCGACCGCAUCCGCCGCACUGCAUUCUUCGGCCCCAUCCUCGGCGAGCUCGACGCCCUUCUCGACCCCAGCACCUUUGUGGGCCGUGCCCCGCAACAGGUUGAGAAGUUUACUUCGACCGAAGUCAAGAAGGCUCUCCAGCCGUACGCAUCUCACCUCGCUACCGCCGAAACUUCUGCUCUCCAUGUUUAGAGGCAACCAGCCAAUCGUGCCCCGGAGAUAGCGCUUGGAAGCCAAGUCUAUUAUGAUUUGGUCUGGACUGGGGCUGAUCUGAGACAAGGAUGGUCCAAUGGGGGGCGAGAGUGCAUGAAGCCACCCAUAAUCGCUUGAAUAGAUUUCUUUUGGACUCCCUUUUUUCUGGUUCAAUGAUGCAGUACCUAUAACUAAAAGCUUGGGCAAAUGUAUGAAAAGCGAGGUCGAUUCACGGCUAUUUGCUACUCUACUUAAAAGCUAGAAGGAUUGGAGUUUUUGAUGUAUAUGAUAACGAAUUGAUGUUAUGAAGCAAUGUCUAUUUGCACCCCCACCGCGGGAGAAAUAGGGCACCCAUGCGUACAUGGGCACAGCUUUCUCACCAUACCCGCAGUUACGCUACUAUUAUUAACCCC